UCACACCGUUGUGGAUGAAGCUAUGAAAGAGAAAAAGAUGGACGAGUUCAGCUUCCCCACCAUCGUGACGGAACACGAGCUCAUCCCCGACCUCCCGUUCCCCAGCCUUGCCGCCACCUCCCUCUGGUUCCACUCCCCCGAGGCAGACAGCAGCCAGCUCCGUCGAAGCUUCUCCGAGGGAGGCGCCCACAUCGCCACCACAUGCCGAAGAGCCCUCCGGCCGAGCUCCCCCGCGGUGCUCAGCGACUACGGCUGCAGCGGCGAAGAGGAGAGGAUGGACAUGCUCUGGGAGGACUUCAACGAGGAGUUCUAUCGCGCCGGGGACCCGCGGGGCGCGGCGGGGAGGAGAUCGAUGGGCAUGGACGUACUGGCCGGUGAAGGAGGCUUGCUGGCCAAGAAGGAGCUGCGGCUGGAGGUGUCGAAGAGCCGCCCCCUGCGCCGGAAACCUGCCAUUGUGGUGAUGCUAAGGAUGCUGAAGAAGAUGUUCAUCGCGCAGAAGACUCACUCUGAUGGCAGAAAGCCGAAGCAACAAAAGUAGGAGAGUUGAGUUCCUUCGAUGCAGCAGCUGAUUUAUUUGCAAGACGACGCUACAAACAACGUUAAGAGGGAUGGAGGUCGAUUUCAAGUUUCAGUAGAAAAAAAGCCUAUAUAUAUAUAUAUAUAUAUAU